CUCAUGGCUAGACAUACACCCUUACACCAUCAUCUGAGUAGCAGCACCUCCCAGGUGGGCCUUGCCAUUGGGUCUCUAUUUUUGUGUGCUUUUGCAUUAUUCAUGUGCGCUUCUCACUCCAGGAAAUUGCGGAAAUGGCGCAAAUGGAGAGGUUGUUAUGGUUUUGGUGAUCCAGACCCUCUUAUACAACUCAACCCUGAAAGGAUUCAAGCAUACCACUUUGGAGAUGUUGAUGGAAGCACUUAUAGUGGUGAAGCAUCACUCUGGAGGAAGAAUGUGAUGAUGGGAGGAAAGUGCCAACUCCCAGAUUUCUCUGGAGUCAUUAUAUAUGACACAGCAGGAAAUUUGGUUUCACCUGCCAAGGCUCCUCCUGCUCUUCCAUUGAAAUGAUGAUAUCUAAGGCAAAUUUCCAAAAGCAAUAGGAGGAAAUGGAAUGCUGAUAGCGUUUAUAAUUGUUUGAUGAACUUCAAUGGAAUUGGAUAAUAUGUCAUUUAAUUUUCUUGAUGGAACAA